CGGUGAUAAAAAAUUGCAAUUCUUGAUAAACGAUCACACUUAGUGCCAUAAAAAUUGCAUAACUGUGCAACUUAUAGUGAAAAUUAUUGGAUUAAAAUCUUUUUUCAUCAAAUUUUCAAACCUAAAUGUGAAAAAAUUGUGAAAAUAUUUAAAAAAAUUGCGUCGCCUACAAAGUCAAGAGAAAAAUGAGAAAACUGGCGGAAACAUAAAAUUAUCUCCAUUGAAGAAGAACAAAAUUAUCAAUAAAGUGCCACAUUAAAAUGAUCAGAUACUCAAUACUCCUACUCGCAUCGGUGCUGUUGAGCAAUUUCGUAGUUAUAAAUUCACAAAAUCUUGACAAGCCUGUUCCUCUCACCCAAAAUCCAUGCACAAGUAAAACUUCAUGUAGUACAUGUAUACAGACACAAAAGUGUGCAUGGUGUAUGCAACCUGACUUUGGUGAACGUCCUAGAUGUUUUCAACCUGACUUGAGACCAGCGACUCCAUGUCCUGAAGAGUUUGUUGUCAAUCCAGAUAAUGAAGAAUUUUUGUACAAAGCAUUGGCACUCAGCCGAGCUGGAUAUGAACUUACGGGUGGUGGAAUGGCAAGUGGCGGAAGCUAUGAAGGUGAGGGACAUGCUUCAGGCUCAAUGUCUGGUAGUGGUUCAGCAUCUGGUGGUGGAUCUGCUUCUGGAAGUGCUUCAGGAAGUGCCAGUGGUGGUGUGGUGCAAGUCAGUCCACAGCAUGUUGGCUUAAAAUUGAGAGUCAAUGAAAAACACAGUAUGACAGUAAGAUAUGCACAGGCUGAAGACUAUCCAGUAGAUCUCUAUUAUCUUAUGGACUUGUCAAAAUCUAUGGAGGACGACAAGGAUAAAUUGUCAUUUCUUGGUAACUUACUUUCAGACACCAUGAGAAACAUCACAUCCAACUUCCGUCUCGGCUUCGGUUCAUUUGUAGACAAAGUACUUAUGCCUUAUGUCUCAACGGUUCCAAAAAAAUUACAGACACCUUGUGAUGGUUGUGAAGCGCCGUAUGGCUAUAAGAAUCACAUGUCGCUAAGUGUUGACACAAACCGCUUUGCUGAAAACGUGAAGAAUGCCCAUGUGUCAGGUAACUUGGAUGCUCCAGAGGGAGGUUUUGAUGCUAUCAUGCAAGCAGUCGUAUGCAAAGACAAUAUUGGUUGGCGUGAACGAGCUCGUCGUCUUUUAGUUUUUUCAACAGAUGCUGGUUUCCAUUAUGCUGGAGAUGGUAAAUUAGGUGGAGUUAUUACACCAAAUGAUGGUGUCUGCCACAUGGCCAAUGAUAUGUACACGCACUCAACAAUCCAAGAUUAUCCAAGUAUCUCUCAGAUUAAUUUGAAAGUUAAGGAAAAUGCCAUCAACAUCAUCUUUGCUGUUACUCAAACGCAACAUGAAGUUUAUAGAGAAUUAUCAAAACAUAUUGAAGGAUCAUCAAGUGCUGUUUUGUCAGAAGAUUCAUCAAAUGUUGUCGAGUUAGUUCGUGAUGAAUAUAAUAAAAUCACAUCAUCUGUCGAAAUGAAAGACACAGCAUCAGGAUCCGUUAAAGUUACAUACUGGUCGAAAUGUUUGGGAGACACAAGAAUCCAAACAAGCAAAUGUGAUGGCCUUAAAGUCGGCGAUGUUGUUGCUUUUGAAACAGAAAUCAUUGUCACAUCAUGUCCAGCUGAUUUGAAAGAUCGUAAUCAAACCUUCCAAAUCUAUCCAGUUGGAGUUGGUGAGGCAUUAACAGUUGAUCUUACAAUGCUCUGUUCAUGUGAUUGUGAAACUAGUGGACCAACAUUUGAAGUUGAUUCAACAAUUUGUAAAGGAAGUGGAACUCUUACUUGUGGAAUUUGUGAUUGUCAUGAUGGCUUCUUUGGACGUAAUUGUGAAUGUAAUAAUAAGGAUCUAGGUGAAUCAAGCCUUGAUGCUUUUAAAUGUCGUCCAGAUAACACAACAGAUGUCGAGUGCAGUGGACGUGGUAAUUGUGUUUGCGGUCAGUGCCAUUGCAAUCCACGUGAAAAUCCAGAGGAAAUGAUAACUGGACAAUUUUGUGAAUGUGAUAACUUUUCAUGCGAUCGUCAUAAUUCAAUCUUAUGUUCUGGACCAGAUCAUGGUUAUUGUGAUUGUGGAACCUGUAAAUGUCAUGAAGGUUGGGAAGGACCAGCUUGCGAAUGCAGCAGUUCAGUUGAUACAUGCAGAGCACCAAAUGGAGAAAUUUGUUCAGGUCAUGGAACGUGCAGAUGUGGACGUUGUGAGUGUGAUAUUAAGGAAGAUGUAAGAUAUUCAGGAAAAUAUUGCGAAAAAUGUCCAACAUGUCCAGAACGUUGCGAAGAAUUGAAGGCAUGCGUUGAAUGUCAAAUGUACAAAAAAGGACCAUUGAAGGAUCCAGAAGAUUGUGCCAAAAAUUGUACUUUGUUCACUCCGAUUUCUGUGGAACAAGUUGAACUGGAUGAUGAGAAAGAUGAACAUUUUUGUCAAUUCUACGACGAGGACGAAUGUCGUUACAAAUUUGUUUACAACGAAACUGUUGAAAAAAAUGGAACCGUAACAUUACAUGUUCGCGCGCAAGAAAAUCUAGAAUGCCCACCAAAAGUAUUUUUACUUGGUAUUAUCCUCGGUGUCAUUGCCGCAAUAGUGCUGAUUGGUAUGGCAAUGCUUCUUCUGUGGAAACUCCUCACAACAAUCCACGACAGGAGAGAGUUCGCAAGAUUCGAGAAAGAGAGAAUGAUGGCCAAAUGGGAUACGGGUGAGAAUCCAAUCUACAAGCAAGCAACAUCAACAUUUAAGAAUCCAACGUAUGCUGGAAAAUAAACUUUGUAUUCAACAACUUGACAUCGAUCUGGAAUCGUUUGUCAAACUGCCAUAAUAAUAUUUUUUUUAUUUGAAUCACAAAUGUGAUUUGUAGAUCCAAAAUACAACAAGCAUGGUAAUUAAAAAAAGCGAUUUUAUAAUGGGAAAUUUUUUUUUUUGGAGAAGCAAAAAUUUUGCAAAUAAUAUUUUUGUGUAAAAAAGUCAUUGUGUAAGACAUAAAAAAAAAGUUUGUGUCUUCUAAAAACUAAAUUAACAGUAAAUUGGCCUUAUGACAAGUGUCUUUUGCAUUAAUUCUAUUGAAGAAGUAUAAAAAAAGAUGUGAAAACUAUUUUAGUCAUUUUAUAACAAAAUUAACUUUACAAAUUUUUAAAAAGCGCACAUUUUACAAUUAAAAAUGUUUGUUUCUAAUUUUCAUUUGAAAUUUCGGUCGAUUUUAUAACAUAGUAAUAGAAAAAUCAAUGCCUAAGUAUUUAAAAUUGAAUUAUAUUGAGGGAAAAUUAAUUUUGUGAAUUUGAUUCUUCCAAUGCACUUAAGGUUUUAAUUAAGAUUACAAGAAUUGAUCAAUCGAAUAUCGGAAAACUUGAAUUCAUUUACAUUUCAUAUAAAAAACCUUGUUAAAAAUCAGAAUCAAAUAUCAUUCAAAAAUCUUUCCUUUGAUUAAAUUUAAACAUUUCGAUACAUAAAAACAAGUUUAAUCUGUUAGCGAAUUAUUUAUUUUUAAAUGAUAUCACUUUCACAUUUAGAGAUUAAGAGGAUUGUUUGCAUUAUAAGAUGGAUGUUUACAGGGGACUCAGCAAUUGCAUAACAAAAGAAAUAUUCAAAGUCUUAUCCCCCAAAACUCUUAAAAAAAUUGAAAUAUCAAAACUCAAUUUGUUUACACUUUAGCUAACAAGAAGAGAAUUUUAAACUUGAAUGUUGAAUUAAUUUAGUAUUUUUGCUGUACUUAGGAGAGACAUGAUCAAAAAUUAAGGAGAAAAAAAAAUAAUAAAAAAUUAACAAAGCAAUAUUUUUGCUGUUCUUUGUCGUCGUCUUCAUCGAAAGUUACAUUAAUUAAUUAAUAAAUAAUUAUUUUAUAUAGAUGCCAAAUUUGUGAAUGAAAC